AUGAAGUCGCAAAGCCUCGCGCUACUCGGACUUUUUGUCUCUUCUGCUUUUGCGGUUCCGAAGGCCAAAAGACAUGAAGACGGGAGUAACCAGCCGAUCAGCGGUGGCAAAGGCGCACCUAUCUUAGGUGGUACCAACAAGGCUCUUGAUCUUCAGAACCCUGAUCAAUUCCGCACCCCGAGCACGGACAAUGGCUUCGUGCCCAAUGUGAAGUGGAGCUUUUCGGAGUCUCAGACCAGAUUGUUCCCAGGUGGCUGGUCUAGAGAGCAAGUCAUCCAGGACCUGCCACAAAGUCACGACAUUGCCGGCGCUCAGCAGCACCUGAAGAAGGGUGCUAUCCGCGAGCUGCAUUGGCACAGAACUGCUGAAUGGGGCUUCGUCUACAACGGAUCGCUCCUACUUUCCGGUGUCGACGAGCACGGUGGCUUCACUACCGAAGUUCUUGAAACUGGAGAUAUCUGGUACUUCCCUAAGGGUGUCGCUCACAACGUACAAGGCCUGGACGACGAGAACGAGUACCUUCUUGCCUUUGACGAUGGCGAUUUCGAGAAGAUCGGAACUACUUUCAUGGUCGAUGACUGGAUUGCGCACACUCCUCGAGAUGUCCUUGCAAAGAAUUUCGGUGUUGACCCCAAGGUCUUUGACUCGGUCCCUGCUAAGUUCCCAUACAUACUCGAUGGUACAGUUAGCAAAGACCUCGACAAAGCCCCCGAGGGUACAUUGAGAGGUGAUGAUUCUUAUGUCUUCCACACAUACAAACACAAGCCCGAGCCUGUGCCUGGCCACGGCGGUACUUUCCGGAAGAUUGAUUCCACAAACUUCCCUAUCUCCAAAACCAUCGCUGCCGCAAUCGUUGAGCUGGAGCCCAAGGGUCUUCGGGAGCUUCACUGGCACCCCAAUGCCGAGGAAUGGCUAUAUUUCCACCAGGGUCACGCUCGCGCGACCGUAUUCAUUGGCGACUCAAAGGCCCGCACCUUCGACUUCCACCCAGGUGACACAGCUGCUUUCCCCGACAAUAGCGGCCAUUACAUCGAGAAUACCUCCGAGACGGAGAAGCUCGUUUGGAUCGAGCUCUAUAAGAGUGAUCGGGUCGCGGAUAUCUCGCUCGCCCAGUGGCUUGCUCUGACUCCAGCCGACACGGUUGCCAAUGUUCUAAAGAUCGACAUCAGUGUCGUUGAACAAAUCAAGAAAGAGAAGCAGAUUCUCUUGCCGGGCAAGAAAUAA